UUCUCCUCUGUAAUCUGUUUUCUUCUCAAUGUAGCUUUCGAACAUGACGCCGUGGAUCGAAUCGAUCCGGCCCACCACCAUGCAGCGGUCGGAACUGAGCCGGACAGCGAAACACCACUCCUCCUCCACGUUAAUCUCGCCGGUAUCCUCACCAUCGGCACUCUCGGCUAUUCUCACCCACUCUUUCUCCCUCACGCCCCUGAAGAGCCAACGCUGGAUUUGCCGGAGAAAGACAUUCAGGCGGCGGCAAAGCUCCCGACACGAAUAGCUCUGACACCGCCGGUAACUGAAUCGUUGGUGAUGAAAACAGAGCACUCUGCCGUUAAGGUGCAUGCUGCUGAAGAGAAGAUAAUGGCUGAGCCCUUGCUGAAGGAAGACAUGGAGAGGAAGGAGAGAACGACGCUUGGGGAUCUGUUAGCCAUCGAGCGAGCUGUCAAUUGGUGCGAUCAGCCUCCAGCUGUUACCGGCUCAACGUCGAAAAGCACAUCUGCUUCGGAUUUGAAGAAAGGUGGAAAGGAGAAGAGGAAGAAGGGGGGAGAAUUGGAAUUAUCAGAGUUACAGAGUCCAGCUGCUACUGAAAGGAUACAGAGAAUGAUAAAGAGGAUGCUGAAGAAGAAAAUACAUCCGGAGGCGGCAGCGACGGCAAAAAAGGGCAGAGGAGCGGCA